AUGGGCUCAGGCUUUGCACGUAAUCUCUCUGAGGGGACAGAUGCCAAUUACACAGAGUAUGUGGCCACUAGAUGGUACCGUUCUCCAGAGCUUCUGCUCGGGGCCCCGUACGGGAAGGCGGUAGACAUGUGGUCAGUGGGCUGCAUCUUAGGAGAGCUGAGUGACGGGCAGCCUCUUUUCCCAGGAGAAAGUGAGAUUGAUCAGCUCUUUACUAUCCAGAAGGUUUUGGGGCCUCUGCCACCAGAACAGAUGAAGCUCUUCUAUAACAACCCUCGCUUCCACGGGCUGCGGUUCCCUGCAGUGAAUCACCCACAGACCCUGGAGCGAAGAUACCUGGGGAUCAUUGGUGGAGCCCUGCUGGACCUGCUGAAGAACCUGCUCUUGUUGAACCCAACAGAACGCUUUUUAACAGAGCAGACCCUGAACCACCAUGCUUUCCAGACCCUACGGAUGGUGGAGCGGCCCGGCCCACCCACACCCACACCUGUACGCUCCUCCAAAAGAAAGCCUCACCAUGGAGACAAUACCACCCCCAGCAGGAGCCAUGGAGGAAAGAGCUCGGGAAGCCACCGCUCCAGCAGCAGAGAGUGCUCUAGCUUGCCUCGACAUGAAGACCUCAACCCCAGCAAUGACAGCUUUCUCAACGGCAACAUGUCUGCAGUAAUCAACCUCAGUCCCACCCUGCAUCCGAAAAACUACCAGCCGCAGAUCUUCAACCACUCAACUGCAUACAGUAUGGAUCUGGCCAGCAGCAAUCUGUCUCAUCUGCUCAGUCCCAUCGAAGCCAAGAGCAAGGGUGACUUUGACAUGAACUUAGGGUCCAAGUUUUCAGAUGGCCCCGGAGCCAAGUACCUCAAGUCCAACUUCCGCUCACAGCAGAACCGUCAUUCUUUUGUGGAGGGGAAGACAAAUACGCUACAAUCAGGGGAGAAACACAGUCGACACAGCUACAUGGAAGCCCACAGCUCUACGCCCUCCUCCUCCAAGUUUUCCUACCUGAACUUUUCCAAGAGCUAUGGCACACUGAGUGAUGCAAAGUCAGUUGGGAACUUGAAUGAUGUGCACCUUUAUACAGAUGAGCCUAUGCCUCGCUAUUUUCCUUCCAGUUGCCUGGACCUGACAGCGCCAAGCAGUCCUGCAGCUCGCCGAGUGGAAAGGCUUGGACCCGGCACAGGCGGAAGAGGAAGCUUGCGGUCAGACAGAGAGAGCAACACCCUGGACUCCUCCUACAGACGCUCCUCCUCUCGCCGCAAGGCCUCAGAUGAGGCCAAAUCUCCAGAUUCGCUGGACCCAGGGGAAAGUGGAGGAAGUCAUGCUCACUCUCUAUCUGCCCCUCAUGACCCUUUGUCUUACAGUCAGGGAUACACCAGCCCUUUCUCCUCCCAACAACGGCCACAUCGCCACUCCAUGUAUGUACGGAGGGACCACCAGAGGACACAUGGGGCAGAUGAGGGGCUGCUGGUGGGGCAGGGCAUGCAUACCAGAGCUAGCAGCCUCCAGCUCCUGUCUCCACAGCUGCAGCACCGCACGCUGCCUCACCACUCCGGGAGCUCUUCCAGAGAAGAAGACAUGAGCAGGAGCGAACAGGCACCCACUGAGGUCACCCACAGCAGACCCCCAAUAAGGGAUUCCACAAGGGACAACACAGCAUCUUUUCACACACAGCGGCAAAAAAGCGAGGUUGGUCUGUAUCAUGACCAGCAAACAGAAGAAGGGAGCUCUUCCAAAGAGAACCGCAACAUCUACAGCGAGUCCAUGCCGAGAAGAGUGGGCAGCUUCUACAGAGUCCCUUCUCCCCGGCCAGACAAUUCUUUCCUGGACAGCCGGGGUCAGAGCCGGGGCCUAGGCAUGCCGGCGGAUGGCAGCAGUAUGAGUAACCACUCGAAACGUCAGCCAUCGUUUGACCCUUGGACGGGCCCUGACACUGUCGUUUUGAACUCCUCUGAGCCGGCAAAAGAAAAGGAGAAGCAAGGUUUCUUCAGAGCAAUAAAGAAAAAAAAGAAAAAAUCUCAGAUGAUGGAUGUCCCUGCUGGGAGGCCUCCUGCCAUCAAGAAAUGUCUUUUCCCUCUGUUUAGUCCAAAGAAUAACAUAAAGCAUAGCUCCUCUGUGAGAGUCCUCCCUGUUGUGUCCUCUCUCAUGGUUGCCAAUGAAGGAGUGGACACAGUCCUCCAGAAGACAUCCAGGUCCUCUGGUCACCAGAGCAGCCGCCACAGGACCCGUGACAAGAGUCGAGAUCGAGACCAAGAGCGUGACCGUGACAAGGACUGGCCCCCUGACAAACUGUCUGAUUCACACUCUCCGAGUCAGCCGCUGAAGUCACUGCGCAAGCUCCUGCACCUUUCAUCAUCAUCGUCAUCCAACCAGACUCCAGCACCUGAUAUGCGCUAUCAGCCAUUGCCCAAUCCCACUUCUACCCAAGGGGGGUUCUCUGAAAGUCGAGGGCACUCAGGGGUCAGCACGCCACAGCUGAAGAGCAGACAGACGGGCUACCCACUACCUGGACAGCUAGACUCUGGCUGGCACCCAUCUGGCUUGAGCCGUGCAGAGGGAAACCCAUACCCAGAGCAAAUGAGCAUCAAGGGGAACAAGAACGGGCACGGCUUUGGACGCCCGUCUCGCUCUCGUCUACCAAACCUGAAUGAUCUGAAAGAGACGGCUCUGUGAUGGCCCUCACUGUGCGCCCUUCUGUGUCCUCUUUGUGGCUCAGACACACGCCUACCGUGACACAACAUACACACAUGUAAACACACAGAUACCAAACAUUCAGUUUGAGCACUGCUUACAGACAGGCCACACGUUAAGGCCUUUUUAUGUCUUAAUUUUUUUUAAAGCUUCCAUGUUUGAUAGAGUUUAUAUUAUUACUUAAGUAAGUCUGACUAUAAUUUGUAUAUAAAGUAAAUAUAUUAAAUCUAUAAAUGGAUAGCUAAAGUGUAGAUUUGAAGUGUAAGUAUUUUUUGUUCUCUCUAUUGAAUAGAAAUAUAGUACAUUUUAUUGCAUAGUAUUUCCUUAAGCGUAACUAAGGCAUUUUAAACAGAUAACAUUUUAUCAGUUGUUACAGUAACUUUGCGUCGUGUUACCUCACCUGAGACUGGAACAAUUUGUCUGAGCUGUGUUGCAGUUGGAUGUGCUCUGUCGACACAUGCUGCACACAGCCCUAGUAGGCACUGACAAUCUUAAACACUGAGACUUCAUCUUUUCAGGACAUUUAGCUUUAUAUCUCAUUUUUAAUGCAGCCAUUUUAGAAAUGGUGGUGCCAUCAAUACAUAG